UUUCAGUUUGAUUUGUAAUUAACUUCUUGAAUUAUAUUUACCAAUUGUUGUGGCUCUGGUUCAUGCUCUAAGUGUCCAUUAAAAUUACCAUGAAUUUUCAACAAGACAAACUAAAUUCCUUUGGAAUUCUGUCCUUUUAAGUUUCAGACAGGACAGGAUAGCAAAGUUUUUCAUAUCAAUUUUAGCUUAAAAUGGAUGAAUCUGUUGUGGAAACUGAUUUUCAACCAAGAAACUACCAACUUCAGUUGAUGAAAAUAGCCCUCAAGCAGAAUACAAUUUUAUUUCUGCCUACUGGUUCAGGCAAAACAUUUAUAGCAGUGUUGUUAAUAAAACGUCUCUCACAAGAUCUCGAAAUACCUGUCAAGGAUGGAGGGAAAGUAACUUUGUUUUUGGUAAGCACAGUAGCAUUAGUUGAUCAGCAUUCAAAAACUUUACAAAGGCACACUGCUUUUAAAAUUGGUUCUUAUUCGGGUGAUAUGAAUAUUGAUUCUUGGUCAAAAACUGCAUGGGACAUGGAAAUAAAUUCUAAUCAAAUCCUGGUUAUGACCGCACAAAUAGCUGUUAAUAUUGUUUCAUCUGGAUAUCUUAGUUUGUCCAACAUUAAUCUACUAAUAUUUGAUGAAUGCCACCAUGCAGUAAAUGAUGAACCAAUGAGGCAAUUGAUGAAGCAUUUUGAAAAUGUCAUAGAAAAACCUCGUGUGCUUGGCCUUACUGCUACUUUAUUAAAUGGAAAUGUGAAACCUGAUCAGGUUUUAAAUGAAGUUAAAAAACUAGAAACAACUUUUCAAAGUAAAGUGGCAACUGUUGAUGAAUUGAAAUUUGUUAUAGGGUACUCUACAAAUCCUGAAGAAAAAAUUAUGUCCUUUCGGAAAAAUCCAAGAACAUGUUUGGAAGAUCAGAUAUUUAAAAUAUUGGAAACAUGUAUUAAAAUUGUGCAAAAGAUACCCAAAAUUCAAAAUUGUCAGUCAGAAUUAGCCAACAAACACAUACCUCUUGGAGUAGAAAAAACAUAUAAAGAUUAUGUAAAUAUGUUAAAAGAUAUACAAAUGCAUGUAGAUAUGCUGGGGCCGUACGGUGGUUUAAUAGCUGCUUUGUCUUACAUGAUUUAUUUAGAGAAAAUCAAAAGACAUUGUGAAGACAGUAUUGAAAUUGAUGUAAUUAAUGGGAGUAUAACAUACCUUCAUAUUAUAAGGAAUGUGAUUAAAAGACAACUUAAACCUUUAAAUGAUGAAGAAAUCAUAUCACAUUACUCAUCUUCAAAACUUCUUAUGCUGUUUAAAAUUUUACGAAAUUACCAAGCCAUUUCCAAAGUUCCACUUAGUGCACUGAUAUUUACAGAGAGAAAGUUUACAGCGAAAAUUCUUUAUCACAUAUUCAAAAAAGCAAGGGAAGUCUAUCCGGAAUUUAAAAAUUAUGACGCUGAUUUUGCAGUUGGUUUCUCCAAUAAUCCAAAUAUAUUUAAUCGAGAACCUUUAUAUACCACUAAAAUGAACAAAAAAGCCAUACAAAAGUUUGAUAACAAGGAUGUUAACAUCCUUUUUUCAACUAAUGUUCUGGAAGAGGGAAUUGAUAUAAGUCUUUGCUCAUUAGUUGUAAGAUUCGAUCUACCAAAAGACUACAGAUCAUACAUUCAAUCAAAAGGAAGAGCUAGACACAAAAAUAGUCAUUUCUAUAUGAUGGUUGAAAAUUCCGAAAUUGUCAAAUUUCAAACUAAAUACAGCAACUAUCAACGAAUUGAACAAAUACUUUGUGAUAUUUUGAUCGGCAGGAAUGAUGAACGAGAUGGUCCAUCAGAAGAUGAUAUUCAAAAGGUUUAUAAUGAAGACUGUUUACCUCCUUAUUAUGUGAAUGGUCCAGGGUCAUCUCAAAUUAAUUGCCUAAAUAGCAUAUCAAAGCUUUCUCAAUAUUGCCAAACUUUAGCGUCUGAUCAGUACACGACGUUCCAACCUGAAUGGUUUUUAGAAAGAAAUAAAGAAAAGCGUCGUGUUAUAAUCGAACUACCAAUUGUUUGUCCCAUUAUAGAUCAAAUUGAAGGUACCUGGGAAUGUACUAUAAAAGAUGCAAAAAGGACAGCAGCAUACAAUGCUUGCGUAAUGUUGCACAAAAAGGGAGAACUUGAUGAUUUUCUCUUGCCAGUUGGCAAUUCUGUUAAGGAAAAGGACACCAAACAUUUAUUCAAACAUAUACCUGAACCUGUUGAUAAAAGUGCCGGGAAUUCUACAUCACGUAGACCGUACCUUAAGCAGGCUCCUCAAAUGUUGACGUUCCACAAUUGUGCUGAAUUUUACCUUCAUGUGGUAGACUUAAAUCCAUCAUUUUCCUCAGAUUAUAAAGAUUCUUACAGAUCUACGAUUCUUGAUUUAUUUGAGAGUGACCUUUGUUAUGGUAUUAUCACGAAACGACCAUUGCCAAAACUUUGUUCAUUUCCUAUCUAUGUAUCUAGAGGACAGAUAAGGGUUGAAAUACUGACUAAUGCGAAAAUAGUGACUCUAAAUCACGAUCAGAUAAUGCAAUUACGUUUAUUCAACUACAUUCUUUAUCAUGAUGUUCUUAAAAUUCUCAGAAAUUUCUUGAUUUUGAAUAACAACGAAUCAUCGGAAGAAUGCCAUUAUUUGGUCACUCCAAUUAAAAAGAGUGACAUUACUAUUGCAUUUGAUAUUAUCACAGAAAAUCAAGAAAUUGCAGAUCCAACCCGCAAACCAUCUGUAGAUCAGAUUCUAAAACUUGAUGUGGAUAAUGACAAAUAUUUAGGAAAAAUCGUCACACCAUGGUACAAACACUAUAAUAAGAAUUACAUCGUGGUUGAAAUAUGUUACGAUAUGGACGCUAAAACUCCUUUUCCUGGUGGCAGCUACGAUUCGUUUGAAUCUUACUUCAGCGAAAAAUAUAACGUAACGAUUCUAAACAGUAAAGCGCCUCUAUUACAUGUAAAGGCACUUGCCAGCGGUCUAAAUUUGUUAAGACCUAGAAGUUCUAAAGGUAAACGAAAAAGAGAGGAAAAGUAUGAAGGCAUGAAAGAACAUAUAUGUCCAGAAUUGUGCGUUAAGCAGGAGUUUCCCUCACCCCUUUGGCUCCAAGCAUCUCUUUUGCCUAGUAUCUUACAUCGUUUUGAUCAAUUAAUUCGUGCCGAAGAUUUAAGAACUCAAAUAGCUGAAGAAGCAGGUGUGGGCGUGACGAAACUAAACGAUGCUGAGAAAUGGAAACCACUAGAAAUCUAUGAUAAUCAGUUAAUUGACAAUGAACAAAGUCAGCCGCAGCUAGAUGAAUUAAAUAAAACUCAAGAUGAAGAUGAAAUUCAAGAAAUUCUCGCCACAAUGAAAGCAGACUUACGUAAUGUUAGGAAUGAUGUCUGUUCAAAAAUGCUCAAUCAGCAAUAUCCUUGGUCUGAAAAGGACGAACCUGUCGACAUCGAUCGGAAUCUAGACGUUACCCUCAUCGAAAUUCAAUACUACGAUAAUUUUGUAUCGCGAGAAAUGAAUGCAAACGAUGUUUUACAAUCUCGUAAUAAUACAGCGAUUUUGCCCGCAAUCACUUACGAUAAUAGCUAUGUAUAUUGCGACAUAAAAAUACUUUCUAAACAACAGGAUUCGAGAGGUCCUGAAUUAAGAGACAUUUAUCAAGCAUUAUGCACCGCAAAAUGUAACGAAAUUGUUAAUUUUGAACGAUUGGAAACAUUGGGUGAUUCUUUUCUAAAGUUGUCUACAACAUUGUAUAUUUUUGUUAGAUUCCCUAAAUACAACGAAGGUCAGGCAACUCAACUCAAAAGCAAAUUGGUUAGUAACAAGAAUUUAUAUUAUCUCGGAUUAAAAAAGAAUUUACAAAGCUAUGUGAAAAAUUCCGAUUUUUUACCGGAUUACGAUUGGGUACCACCGGGUUUCAUUACACCCCACGUUAUUGCAGAAAAUUACCGUAAUUCGAAAAUUGACUUGCCUUUUCUGACUAAUUUGGAAAUUACAAAGAACGAAGCAGUUGCUGGUAUUCUUACGAAAGAAACAGAAGAGAAAAUUUUAAAUAAUUUGGCCGAAGGUUCUCGAGACACUGAAUUAUCUCAGAAAGAAUUCAUUUAUCCAUUCCUAAACAUUGACGUAGUAGCAGAUAAAACUAUAGCCGAUUGCGUGGAAGCAAUUUUAGGUGUAUACUGUCAGUCUAAUGGUCUAUUAAGUGCCUUAAAAAUGCUCGAGUGGUUUGAAAUAAUCCCAAAGGAAGAAAAUAUAACCCACAUUUUCAACGACAUUCCUCAAUCUCCCCUUUUACGCGGUCCGGAUACAGAACGUUUAAUCAAUUUACACUUGACCAAAGGUACAAUAAGUAAAAUUGAAGAAAGAUUAGGAUAUACUUUUAGAAAUAAAGGAUAUUUGCUACAAGCCCUUACACAUUCAUCUUACACUCCUAACAGAGUGACCAAUUGUUAUCAACGUUUGGAGUUUUUGGGCGACGCAAUACUUGAUUUCUUAAUAACUUGUCACAUUUAUGAAACCUGCGGCAAACUGAAUCCUGGAGAAUUAACAGAUUUAAGAUCUGCCCUGGUGAAUAAUAUUACGUUUGCAGGCAUAGCUGUCAGGUUGGGGCUUCAUAAGUUCCUCCUUUUUUCCAAUCAGCAGUUGUCUAAAUACAUAGACUCAUUCGUUAGUCAUCAAGAAUCUAAAGAAUUCGUUAUUGAUGAACAAGUUUUGAUUCUUUUAGAAGAAAAAGAUACUGGUGUGUAUUUGUCUGAGCAUAUCGAUGUACCAAAGGUUUUAGGAGAUGUAUUUGAAGCAAUGGUAGGUGCAAUUUUCUUGGACAGUGGCAGUAAUCUCCAUGCCACAUGGGAAUUUAUCCAUAGAGUAAUGUGGCAGGAGAUAUCCACUUUCAAAGUGAAUGUUCCUAAAAAUGCUGUCCGACUUUUAUAUGAAACACAAAGGACUCAUCCACAAUUUUAUGAUCCAGUUAAAUUGGACGAUCGUGAUGUGUGUAUGAUGAGACUUGACUUCAUGGCUAAUGGAGAGAGAAAGACAGUUUAUGGUUUCGGUGAUAAUAAAAUUUUUGCUAAAAGAGCAGCAGCUAAAUUUGCAUUACGACUUUUGAAAUAGAUACAGAAAAGACUGUUAUUUACUUAAGUAUAAGAAAAUAUUUUUGCAAUAAGCAACACCUUAUUUUUGUUUAAUUAAUAAUUAACUAUUUACAAGAUAAUAGUUAUGUUUUUAUUGAGUUUUAUUAUUUUAAUAAAAUGAUUAUUCAAUGUUUAUUAAAUAUGUAACCAAUUUCAUUUUUUUACUAAAUAUGUAAACAAUUCUCUGCCAUAAUUCCUUAGAUUUUAAUAUGCACAGCUGCAGUUCUAUACCAGUUCAUUAAAUUUGUAAAUUUUCCAUUUACAGUCUUUUAAUUAAAAUAUGUAAACAAUAGUAUAUAAAUAAUACACAUUA